AGAUGGAACAAAGGGCUCUGAAGAAACUGGUGGAGUCCAUCAGUAAAACUGUCAAGAGCUUCAAGAAAAGUGAAGUUGAAAGUCUCCUACGCCUUUUCUUUAGCUUGGUAGAGAAACCCAAUGGAAAGCUUGCUAAUGCCCGCAUGGACUGCAACACAUUUCGAGGGAUCCUGCACAACAUAUUUGGAAUGACUGAUGAUAUGUUGAUGAAUAGGGUGUUCUUUGUAUUUGACAAAGACUGUGAUAACUAUGUAAACAUACAGGAGUGGGUUAAAGGAUUGUCAGUGUUUCUCCGAGGGACUUUUGAAGAAAAGAUGAAAUUCUGUUUUGAAGUUUAUUAUUUAACUGGAGAUGGUUAUAUUUCCCGAGAAAAAAUUUUUGACAUGUUGAAGAACAGUCUCUCCCAGCAGUCCCCUGAAGAGGAGAAUGAUGAAGGCAUAAGGGAGUUGGUGGACAUAAUCCUGAAGAAAAUGGAUCAUGACAAUGAUGGCAAGAUCUCUUUUGCAGACUUUGAAAAAGCAGUGAGAAAAGACAGGCUUUUGUUGGAGGUAUUUGGACCAUGUCUACCAGAUGCAAAGGUAGUUUUACAAAUACUACAAGCUUAA